AUGGCUCUGGAGCUGCAGUACAAGUUCACCUUCAUCGACGUGGACGAGCAAGAUCCAGCCGAGGCCCAGCACGCGCGUUCACGCAGCUGCCCUCCGACUGCCGGCCGGCAUUCCGCAAUGGACACGGGCAUGGACGCACACGAAGAGGAGAAGGCCAUGCGAGGCUACGUGCUCAUGUUGAAGCAGAAGCAGGGAGAUGCCGGUUUCGCAAAGGCACUGCACCAGAAGGCAGACAGCCCUUUCGGCAGUGUCCUCGAUGCGAGCCCAGCAUCCACCGCGGCCCCCGAGAGUGAAGGUGAUUGGAGCCCAGGGCAGUCAACCAAUACAGAUGACAGCCCUGCCACCUUCAUGGAAGGAACCCCUCGCAGCAGUUCGCUCGAUCGGCGUGUUGCUGAGCUGCUGCCGAGCCACGGCAGCUUGGGUCACCCGGAGGUCUGCCGCAGGCCUUGCAUCUACUUCUUGGCUGGGCACUGCGAGAACGGAAACGCCUGUGGGCUUCCUCGAGGAGGCCUCCGAGGUGCUCGGCAUGCUGGAGGCAGAGUCGGCCAGCACGCGGGCCCUGCCGGCAUCCAUCUCGGACCGGGACAUCCGAAACCUGCACAAGACCCUGGCGCGCAUGAACUUCUCCAACCUGAUUGGAUUGGUGACGCACCAGUCCCCGAGCCGACCCGGAAACGCUUCAGAGAGCUCCGAGCAACUCAUGGGAGCCCUGGAGAG